CGCAAUGGGGAGGGGGCGAGUUUCAGCCACGAAGACAAGUGUGUGUCUAAUUAGAGACUUGAUGCAACAUGUCCAGAAUUUUAAACACAGUUAAUUCGCAAUUAAAAAAAGAUUUCAACUUCUUCAGGAAGUUGAGGGGAGUCACUGUGAGGGGUUUAAGCUGUACACUGCGGAAAGAAGCUGAGGAGAAAAGCGAUGGUGGUGUAGGAGCUCUGGGUAAGAGGCUGAAGGAUACAGCCGAGACUCUGAUCAUCGGAGGAGGAUGUGUCGGUGUGAGUCUGGCCUACCACCUGGCCAAAGCUGGACAGAAGGAUGUGGUGCUUCUGGAGAAGUCUGAGCUGACUGCUGGAUCCACCUGGCAUGCCGCUGGACUGACCACGUACUACCAUCCAGGGAUCAAUCUAAAGAAGAUUCAUUACCACAGCAUUAAGCUGUACGAGCAGCUGGAGGCAGAGACAGGCCAGGCAGUGGGCUUCCAUCAACCAGGAAGUGUGAGGAUCGCUUCGACUCCGGCCCGAGUGGACGAGAUGAAGUACCAGAUGACCCGCACUCACUGGCACCCCACUCCACAGUUCCUCAUCACACCCGAAAAAGUCCAUGAGCUCUUCCCUCUGCUCAACAUCGACAAGGUGUUAGCAGGUCUCUACACUCCCGGCGAUGGACACAUUGAUCCGUACUCUCUCACCAUGGCUCUCGCUGCCGGAGCUCGGAUGUACGGCGCCCAGAUCUACAGCCCCGCCCCUGUGACCGGUCUCGUCCCCACACCCGAUGGCAGAUGGGAUGUCCAGACGCCUCAUGGCACCAUCCGUGCCAAACGAAUCGUCAACGCCACAGGUUUCUGGGCGCGGGAACUUGGCCAGAUGGUUGGUCUGGAGCAUCCCACCAUUCCUGUCCAUCACCAGUACGUGGUGACAGCAACGAUUCCCGAGGUGAAGGCCCUGAAGCAGGAGCUGCCUGUGAUCCGGGACCUGGAGGGUUCGUACUACUUGCGUCAGGAGAGAGACGGCCUGCUUUUUGGCCCCUAUGAAAGAGAGGAGAAGAUGGUGCUGCAGGACUCGUGGGUCAGAGAUGGAGUCCCUCCAGGUUUUGGUAAGGAGCUGUUCGAAUCGGACCUAGACCGCAUCAUGGAGCAUGUGGAAAUGGCCAUGGAGAUGGUUCCUGUCCUCAAGCAUGCCGACAUCAUCAACAUCGUGUCCGGACCGAUCACAUACACACCAGACCUGCUGCCAAUGGUGGGGCCACAUCAGGGACUCCGCAACUACUGGACCGCCAUUGGCUUUGGGUAUGGCAUCAUUCACGCUGGUGGAGUUGGAAAGUUCCUCAGUGACUGGAUCAUGAGCGGUGAGCCCGCUUAUGAUCUGAUUGAAUGCGACCCAAACCGCUAUGGCAAGUGGACUACUGUGCCGUACUUGUGUGCCAAGGCCAGAGAGUCAUACGGCUUUAACAAUGUGGUGGGUUACCCUAAAGAGGAGCGCUUUGCUGGUCGCCCCACUAGCAGAAUCAGUGGGCUCUAUGAGCAGCUGAAGGAUAAAUGCUCCAUGGGCUUCCAUGCAGGCUGGGAGCAGCCACAUUACUUCUACAAGCCAGGAGAUGACGUGGGCUACAAACCCAGUUUCAGAAGAACAAAUUGGCACGGACCAGUCGGCCGAGAGUACAAGCUUGUAAUGGAGAAAGUGGGCGUUAUUGACCUUUCACCAUUUGGCAAGUUCGUGGUCAAAGGGAAGGACGCGCACGGGCUGCUGGACCGACUGUUUGCCAACACCAUGCCGAAGGUGGGCUUGACUAAUAUCAGUCACAUGCUGACACCCAGAGGGCGUGUCUACGCUGAGCUCACCAUUACCCAGGUCGCACCUGGAGAGUUCCUGCUCAUCACUGGCUCAGGGUCCGAACUGCAUGAUCUGAGAUGGAUAGAGGGAGCAGCAUCUGAUGGCGACUAUGAUGUGGACAUCACUAACGUGACUGAUGAUAUCGGGGUGCUGGGAGUGGCGGGCCCGAACUCUCGCAAAGUCCUGCAGAAACUCACCAACGAAGACCUGAGUGAUGGCGCCUUCAAGUUCCUCCACUGCAAAGCCAUUUGUCUGGCUGGAGUCCCGCUGCGGGCCAUACGGAUAUCAUAUACAGGGGAGCUGGGUUGGGAGCUGUAUGUGGACAUGCCAAAGCUGGCAGAAGUAUACCAGGCCAUCAUGGAGGCUGGAAAAGAAGAGGGCAUCGAUAACUUCGGCAGUUACACCAUGGCCUCCCUCAGGCUGGAAAAGGGCUUCCGAGGCUGGGGAGCUGAAAUGAACUGUGACACAAAUCCUCUCGAGGCUGGUCUGGAUUACUUCAUCAAACUCAACAAGCCUGCAGAUUUUAUUGGAAAGAAGGCACUACGGGAAAUCAAGGCCCUGGGACUAACGAGGAAGUUAGUGUAUCUCACCGUGGAUACGGACAACGUGGACCCUGAGGGAAAUGAGACUAUCUGGCAUGAUGGAAAGGUGGUUGGGAACACGACCUCUGGAGCGUACAGCUAUUCGAUUCAGCAGAGCCUGGCGUUUGGUUACCUCCCCAUUGACUUGGCCACCGUUGGUCAGAAGGUGGAGGUGGAGCUUCUGGGCCGGAAGUAUCCAGCCACAGUGGUCCAGGAGCCACUGGUGCACACCGAGCCCACCAGAACACGUCUGCAGAAGAAGAAGAGCGCAGAGUGAAGUGGGAACACCUGUUUCAGGGAACCGGUCCUCAACAAUGUGACCAGAAAAACCCCCCAGAUAAUUUUCAGUCAUGGUACUGAAUUAUGCAAUAAACUCAACACGCAGCGUUUGCAUUUCAGAAAUAAAACCCAAACGUCACGUGGCUCUGAAAUAAAAAUGGAAGGAUGCAAUUUCUUGCAUGUCUUAAAAAGGUUUAAAAAAUAUCGUGUCUUAAACAAGAUACAAUGAGCUAUUUGUGGGCCAUUGACGUUGCCCCGUUAUGAAAAAGUUAUAAAAAUGAACUUUUUGUUUUGAAAACUGGAGGUGUGAUCACAUAAAAUGCUCCUUGAUCUUCUGCUCUUUUCGCAAUCUAAAAUGCUGAUGAUGUUAAUUAUAUGGCAUACAUUAUUGUUAUCAAGUUUUUUACUAGACAUUGCUGCAAUGAAUUUGGUGGGUUUUUUUGUUUUUGUUUUUGUUUUUUGGAAAGGGUUGUAUGUCCAGGAGAUUUCAGGCAGUUUAAUUUUUACCAGGAAUAUAUUGAAGUAAUAUAACAUUAUGGGACAUUAUGGAAUUAAACCAUUUAUUGCUCAGUCGAAUGAGAAAACUGGGAGCACAAGGCUUUUUUGAGCUAAACAAAUGAAACAUUUAACCUUUAACCUCACAGAUUAAGAUCAGUUAUGGCACUUUAAUCAUGUCAAUCUAGUAGUCCUAUAAUUUCUUUCUUUCAACAGACUUUUUUUUUAAUGUCCACGAUGCCUAAUAAUAAGACCUUUGGGCAAAAUGAUAAGGCAAAUGACAAAGAGUACUGUGGAAAAAUAUACUAGUAAAACUUGGAGGUUUGACGGUAUUAAAGAUUUUAGCAGCAGAUUAUUGCUUUCAUCUCAUUAACCUCUUCCAUUGCAUGUUGGAGUUGUAAGUCAUUUUUUUUUUUUUUUUAAAUCUAAAUCAAUCUUAUAAAGUAGAAUAGUGAUUUUGUUGUUUACAUAAGAAAUUUAUAUCUACCUUGAUCGAAUGAAUAAUUAUUUUUGCUUCAGUGUUGAAUGUAAUUUGGCAGAUUCAAUUCCGUUCAUUUAAAUAUCUUCGAGGCAUUAGAAGUUGAACUCAGUUUUGGUGCCUAUAACAAACUGACUUCAGUCUUGUGUUGUUGUUGUUUGUUUUUCCGUUAAUGACAGGAACCAUUGCUGUCACUGGUCUUACCCUAAAGUAUUCCUGUAAAUUUGAAUGUUUAUUCUUUUGUUUUUAAAUUUUAUGUUCACAGAUUUUGAAUAAACUCAUCAUUACUGAA